ACGCACCUGCUGAUUAAAACCAGCAGAUACCUGCUGACAGCGGCUAGAAUAGCUCCUCAUGUCGCCUCCCCUGCGCCAUGGAUAAAGUGUUGUUCCCGUUACUUUUGGUGAUUUUGGCCUUUGGAACGGCUCAAGUAUGGAGUCAGCAGUCAUCAAGAAUUCACCACCUCCGGCAGUUUAAUUCCGGCCAGGACUCAUUCUAUGACAAAUCGAGCCUAAACAUCCAAGGUUCAGCUUUCGAUGGAGAAAAAUGUGUCUACCCUGCCCAAGACGCCAUUGAGAACGCGGAAGUGGUGUGUAGCCAGUACAGCGGAUGUCGGGUACAGUGCUUCAGAGGCUACACAAUGCAGGGCUCUCGAAGAAUCUACCUGAACUGUGACUCCAACACGAGGACCAUGACCUACGAAGGCCUGCCCUGGCAAGAAUCACUUCCGCCUUGCCUCCCAUCUUGCGGAAAUGGCUGCCCAGAUGAUACCAUGUGCGUCGCGCCAGAUAAGUGUGAGCCAGUCAUUCACGAGUGCGACCCUCCCUGCCAAAAUGGAGGGACCUGUAUCAUACAGGGUGUGUGCAAUUGCUCUCUCGGUUACUCGGGGCUUUUGUGUCAGCAACAUCGAUGUGCCAUUCCUAUAGAGUUCCCUAAGCAGGCUUCCAUUGGAGCAGACAUUGAACUUACAAGAAUGUCUAUCGAAUGCAACUUCGGUCGCAAGAUGAAGAACGGACUGUCUCAUCAGACCUUCGUGUGCAACCACCGCCAGUGGUACACUAAACUGGAUAAGGCUUCCAUUUCUGAGGUCGACAUCGACUGUUACUGAGUGAGGAGUCCCAAUUCUUGCAGGAAAAUGCAAGAAGAGGCGACGUUGACGUCAUAUCUACCACUGUCACUUGAUUUUAAUUUGUUUGUAUGUAGUGGUACUGUUAUAUUUCACGCCUUUCUGUUUACAAACACAUGAAGUCUUUUAAAUUCAGUUAGCAAACAUGGUUGAAAGCUAACUAUCUGGAAUACAUAUAUCAUAGUUUUAUAAGAGAAACACUGGUUUAAUUCAGUGUAUUACUAAUUAACAAAAUUAUUUAUCAUUUACAUAUGCAUCCGUGUGAAAUAAUGAGUUUGAAUGUACUUGCUUUUUAAAUCCCAAAUCCAUAUUGCCAUGGCAUAAUCUUUCAUUAUUCAGAAUAAAAAUUACGUUUAAGUUAUGAAAAUGGUCAUACAAACUCAUAUUUACAUCACAGAUAUCAAUAAAGUGCAAGACUAAAA